CAAACACACACGCACACGCACGCACGCACGCACACACAAGCCUCACCCAGAUAAAUAAUCCCAAACUUGGAAAACAAACACAUUCACACACACAUUCACACACGCACACGCACACACGCUUGGGAGUCAGGCUGCUGGAGCCGUCCCCGCAUAGGGUUCUUUAGGACAAUUCCACUCAGACAAAAGGCCAAAGUUUCCAAAGCAACAAGAAAGCCUUUCAUCCCGUCGCGCACCACGUGGAUCUUACAAUGCACAAGAGACCCUUCCCCAGCACGGAAACAGGAGUAGUAGCAGUGGCAGGGUAUCUGGCCUGUGUGCAUCUGCCCGACAAAUCUCUCGGGAUGACGGAUUUGGAAUACUGUAUGUUGAUGAUGACGACGACAAGAGGCAUUCUGCUUUUGUAAGGGUCCUGGAAACUGCAAGGACAACCAACAAUCACGGGGCUACUUAUGACCCUCCAACCUUGCAAAAAAUAUGAAGACCUAGUUGUUUUUUGUCAUCUUCUGUCCAUUUAAAUUGAAGCUGGAUGGAACAAACAAGCUCCUAGUGAAUUGUCAGUCACAGCCGGCCCUUGUGGUGUAGGCUGACAAAGGAGGAGAAGGGCGCUGGUGGUGGCUGGUGACUGUCCGAGCGAGUGUGCAGUGUGCGGUGUGGAGCGGUGCGGUGCGGUGCGGUACGGCCUGCCAAGACUGCUCAGGGGACUCAAGAGUGGCCAGCGACAGCGGGACAGGGUGAAGCCAAGACGAGCAUGGUGCACUCUUAUGACAUCCUGUCAGGACCACUCGGGAGCUGCUGCUGCUGCUGCUGCUGCUGUCGCUGGCUCACUGGCUCCUGAGGACGAUUGUGUACAGGGGGGAGGGGAGAAUGCAUGCCUCUCCCGUGCUGAAACUGCAAGCCACCAUGAGUGACAUCAGUGACAGUGGCAAUGACAACGUGACCGUCCUCGACAGCGCCGACCCCCUGGACCCUCACCAGGAGAUGGACGCCACUCUGCUGCCGUACCCAGUCAGCUUCCAGGUAUCCCUGACGGGCCUCCUGAUGCUGGAGAUCGUGCUGGGCUUGAGCAGCAACCUGACUGUGCUGGUGCUCUACUGCAUGAAGUCAAACCUGGUGAGCUCGGUGAGCAACAUCGUCACCAUGAACCUGCACGUGCUGGACGUGUUGGUGUGUGUGGCGUGCAUCCCGCUCACCAUUGCCGUGGUGCUGCUGCCACUUGAGGAGGACAACGCAGCCCUCAUCACCUGCUUCCACGAGGCCUGUGUCUCCUUUGCGAGCGUCGCCACGGCGGCCAAUGUCCUGGCGAUUACAGUGGACCGGUACGACAUCUCGGUGAGGCCGGCGAACCGCGUGUUGACCAUGGGCCGAGCGGUGGCUCUGCUGAGCUCCAUCUGGGUCCUGUCCUUCCUCAGUUUCCUGGUGCCCUUCAUGGAGGUGGGGUUCUUUUACCGGGCCCGGACCCAGCAGGGGAACCAGACCCUGGGCUAUGACGGAGGAGACGAGGACCUGUGGGCCAAUCACUACGACACUGACCUGGGUCUUUACUACCACCUGCUGGCUCAGAUCCCCAUCUUCUUCUUCACAGCUGUGGUCAUGCUGGUGACCUACUACAAGAUCCUGCAGGCGCUCAACAUCCGCAUUGGCACCCGGUUCCACGCAGCCGCGCCGAAGAAAAAAGCCCGCGGCAAGAACAAGAAGGCAGCUGUUUCCAUGACCACCUCGGGGCCCGCAUCAGCAGCACAGCCGGAAUCGACAGAUGCUUCGCAGAGCAGCGCACCGAUAAGAAACCCGCCUCUUGCCAUGCGCACCUCUGUUUCAGUCAUCAUCGCCCUACGACGAGCAGUCAAACGUCACAGAGAGCGGCGAGAACGGCAGCGGCGAGUGUUCCGCAUGUCCCUACUCAUCAUCUCCACUUUCCUGCUGUGCUGGACGCCCAUCACAGUGCUCAACACAGUGAUCCUGAGUGCAGGCCCCAGCGCCAUGUCGGCCCAGCUGCGCCUGGGCUUCCUGGUCAUGGCCUACGGCACUACCAUCUUCCACCCGCUUCUCUACGCCUUCACCCGGCAGAAGUUCCAGAAGGUUCUCAAGAGCAAGAUGAAGAAGCGGGUGGUGUCGGUGGUGGAGGCCGAGCCGACGCCCAACAAUGUGGUCAUCCACAACUCCUGGAUCGACCCCAAGAGAAACAAAAAGGUGACCUUUGAGGAGACAGAGGUCAGGCAGAAGUGUCUCUCAUCCGAGGACGUAGAGUAAGUGCUUCAGAACUGCUGCAAAAAAUAACAUGGUCAGUAACAAAUCCUAAAUUGACUCCAAGUGGCACAAAAACGUGACGUUUGAAAGGGCCAAGGUCGGAAAAAGGUGUCUCUCAUCCGAGGACGUGGAGUAAGGAGGAAUGACAACAUGGUCCUCCACGACUCCUGGAUUGAGCCCAAGAGGAAAAAAUACUUUAUGUGACCUCUGAGGAGAUGGCAGAUGGAAAAAGGUUUCUUGUCCAAGGAAAUGGAGUACGCUUUUUAGAUACUCAGCAAAUAACAAUAUGGCCAUCAGAAACUCGUGGAUUUGAGCUUAAGCCGAAGAAAAAGGUGACCUUUGAAGAGACCAAGGCCAGGUCAAGCAGAACUGUCUGGCAUCCAAGGAUGUAGAAUACGUUUUUCAGACUUGCAGCAAACAGCAUCUUGGUCACUCCGAGAUGGCCCUAAUUGGAGAAAAAGGUGACUGUGGAGGGCAAAGAGGUGAGGCAGAAGUGUCUUUCAUCUGAAAAUUUAGAAUGAGCCUUUCAGACUAAUAACACUGACAUGGUCUUUUGAGGAGACCCAGGUCAGGCAAAAGUGUCUCUGGUCCAAGGCCGUAGAGUAAACCUUUCAGACUUGGAGCAGGGUCAUGCUUAGGCCAAUGGCCCUCUAUCAGGUGCAAUUGAGUGCAAAAAUUGAAAAAUUCUUUCCCAAAGCAGAUGUGUAUAGUAAAGUGUACUACAUGUAAAGUUUCACAGCGUGAACUUGGAGCAAAUUAUUUAAUAUUAUUUAUUGUAAUGGUGACUAGGUGUCAUGGACAGUUCAAAGUGUGUACAUACUUGCAUGUGUUGUUUUUUGUGACAAAAGGUUAAACGACAUGGUGUAAAUAUAGAAAUGAUGUAUAGGAGAGAGUACUUAUACAUCCAUGUACAGUCAUAGAAAGAGAGACUUGUACUAUUUGUCCUGUUUAUAGUAAAUAAACCCCAAACCAGGUGGAACACACACUCAAGAUGAUCCAGUUUUGCUCUGUACCAAUUCUGCUCAGUGUUUUUCUGUGUAUCGUCCUGCUCCCCCCACUCUGUCCUUCCCCCACUCUGCUCCUUUCUGCCAAACAAGAGCACUUUGCAAAUCACAUAAAACAUCAAGCAGCCGUAGUGGCCCAUGGAUUUAUAGGGAGCAUCUCAUAUCCCUUUCCUGUCCUUUGAGAGCCCUCUCCAUCUGCCUGUAAACUCACAAAGUGAGUAAAGAAAGGGGUACAGGCAGGGGGGAGGUAGUGGUGGUGAUGAGUGGGGGCUGAGGUUGAGGGCUGGGGGGAACAAACGGUGGAUGUAGAUAAAAGAGUAAAAACAAACCUGAGGGGGGAACAGAGGGAGUCUGCAUAACCAACAAGGUCUGGGGAUAUAGGGUAUCUUCAAACAAAGUGUAUGAUUUAUGCUACUGUGAGAGUAAAGAACCUGGCCAUGAAACUACAGUCCUGUGGGCUUGCCCAAGUGCCAUAGCUUUAUCUGACUCAGUCAUUUAUUUAUCUGACCAAACCUGACCCCUCCUUGGUUGACCUUAAC